AUGGCCUCUUCAGGGUUUGCUAUCGUUCUCUUUGUCAUUGCCCUCACGUUUCCUACACCCCUUUUUGGUGCACACACUCCAUCUUCUUCAUUUACUGCGUUGAAUCAGCUCAAAUAUUGGUCAGAAAAUGUCCAAGGUACCAUGCCUGGAAAUCUUCUGUCCAAACUAUCUCCAUUGAAUAAGGAGCAAGCUGAACAUUUCACUUCAUUAGUGUCCAAGAAAAAUCUUCCAUUCAAUGCAAAUCAUUGUUCUCUUGCAAACCUAGCUUGUUCGCCCAAAUCAUUCGUUAAUAAUUUGAUGCACAAUAUUUUUUAUGGCUAUGGCAGAAUUAGCCCAUCUCAUGUGCAGCAUGUUGAUCCCUCUUCUUUCCUCAGAAUCUCGCUUCUCAAACAAGGAAGCAUGGUACAUCUCCCAGACUUGGAAAACCAAUUACCUCAACAUUCAUUUCUUCCUUCUCAAAUUGCAUCAAAGAUCUCUAUUGCAGAAAAUGACCUACAAAAACUUUUUCCUCAAUCCUUGAAAAACCCACAAACAAAAGAUGCAAUUCAAUCUACCAUUGUUUAUUGCAACACUCCUGCUCUUAAGGAUGAGAUUCAGAGCUGUGUAAAAUCCCUUGAAGAUAUGGUUGAAUUUGCAAAGACUGCAACAGGUAACAACCAUUUGGUCGCAUUGACUUCAAAAAACACAAAGGGUUCUGGAAAAGAUUUGAUAGUUGGACAGAUGAAAAAGCUUAAAUUUGGGAAAACUGUGUCAUGUCAUGAAUUAUUUCUUCCUUUUUCAACAUAUUUCUGCCAUUUGCUGUCCAAAACUGAAGUGUAUGCAGUGGAUGUUCUUGAACCUAAGACUAAAAUUCCAAUUAAUACAGUCACGGUGAUAUGUCAUAUGGAUACUUCAGACUGGUCCCCUAAUCACGUGGCCUUUAAGGUAUUGAAAACCUCUCCUGGCCAAAGUGAAGCAUGCCAUUGGAUAUCUCAAAAUGAUCUCAUUUUCAUUUCUCAAGAAGAUAACUAA